UCUCCGCAAUUGUAAGUAGACUGGCAAUACACAAAUGACGUUCGUAGCAAUUAUCGAUCGCGAUUAAAAAUAGUUCCAUAUAAACACUUGUAGCUUUUGCAGUGUGGACACGAUUCGCUGACCAUACAACGCGGAUCAAACAAAAUUAUUAUAACUACGUUUCGCCAAACGCGCGUUCAUUUAGUCUCAGAGACACGACGCGGACAGCGACACAGCGUCCGACUUGCUUGAUUGCUUUUUAAAUUACUUUUAACAUGAUUAAAUCAGUUGUUCUGUUAUGUGCGCUUGGAAUUUGCGGUAAAGUUUUCGGUCUCCAAACGACAACGUACGAGUUAUUAAUGCCUGAUGUCUAUCCACACAGGGAUGAGCUAUACCUCUGCACUCCCAUCCGGAUCUUCCCAGAUAGAAGCUACUCCAUAGUGGGGUUUGAACCGAAUGCGAGCAUGCACACAGCCCAUCACAUGCUGCUGUAUGGAUGCUCAGAACCAGGGUCCAACGAUAGUGUUUGGAGUUGCGGUGAGAUGUCAAGCAAUGAAAUCGACGCACAGUACAACACAGCAAGCCCGUGCCGCUCGGGAUCUCAGAUCGUGUACGCAUGGGCUCGAGACGCUCCGAGUUUGACGCUCCCCGAGGGAGUGGGGUUCCUAAUCGGGAAGAACUCGCCCAUCAAGUACUUGGUGCUGCAAGUACAUUACAUGUCGAAGUUCCCAAAAGGCAAAACGGAUAACUCGGGUGUCUUCCUGAAGUAUACACAAGAACAGAUGCCCCGCCAAGCCGGCGUGUUCCUGCUCGGCACCAGCGGAGCCAUUCCUCCGAAGAAGGUGGAACAUAUGGAGACGGCUUGCACUAUGACGGAGGACAAAGUCAUCCAUCCUUUCGCGUUCCGAACUCAUACUCAUUCCCUCGGAAAAGUGGUAACCGGCUACGUGGUCCGCAAAAACGAGCAGGGCGACGAAUGGACCCUGAUCGGCGAAAAGGACCCCCAGCUACCCCAGAUGUUCUACCCCAUACAAGACCCCUCGCCUAUCAGCAAGGGAGACAUUGUUGCUGCUAAGUGUGUGAUGAAUAAUACUCACGAACACACUGUUAGGAUUGGCGCCACGAAUAAGGACGAGAUGUGCAACUUCUACCUGAUGUACUGGGUGGAGCGCGACACCCCCCUCCAGCAGAAGUACUGCUUCUCGGCCGGGCCCCCCUUCUACUACUGGUCGCGCGCGCCGCAGAACUUCAACCGCAUCCCCGUCCAAGAUAACGCCAAGUACACGUAAACGGGCCGAGUAUGUCUCUCUCACAUUUUGCUACCAAGGGAUGCAAGCAAGCAUAUUUAAGGACAGACCUGAACAGAAUUAUCGAAGCUACACGCAGUGAUGUGUUUAUUUUUAACACACAUUGUUUAAUUUUCAAGUUCUGCUCUCCUGCAGCUCGGCUUAAGAAAAAAAAAUGAUUUAAUUCGGACUUUAAAAAUCUAUAUCUAUAUACCUAAACUUAGACCUUCUGUUGGUUUAAACCUGCGGGUCUUCGGCUUUAUGUGGUUUUACAGGCAGCUGCAAUAGAUAACUGAUUCCCCCUGCAUAGAAAAUUGUUUGCAAGGGGGGUCAUAUAUCUCUGCAGCUGACUCUUCAUUUCGCUUCGUUAACGAUACACUAAACGGUUAAAGGUUUUGAACAGCGAUGUGGCCGAACAUGUAGGUACAGAUCUAGUGCAUAAUUAUAUUCCGUCGUAUUUUCACGUAAACGUACGAACGUGUCUUGCUAUUUCAAACAGUCUCGGUAUAAAAAGUACUGAGGUUGGCUGAAGUAGCAUGACAAAUACGAAAGUUUCCGAGAAAAUACGAUGGAAAACAAUUAUGCACUGCGUUUGUACGUUUAUAUACAAACAAAAUUACACGAUAAGUUGUAUCUGAGAUUUGAAUGUCAAACGUGAAUGUCUUAUAGCAAAAAUUGGCACUGGCUUUAGUUCUAAUACUUAGAGUCGGACCAAGAAAAGUCUGCAGCGGAUUUGAU